AUGAAUAUUCUUGUUUUAUUACCGGAGGGUGAAUUGCUCGAAAAGUUACUUUAUGUUGCCUUGGAGCAUUGCAGGGGCAAAUUGUUUGCUCUUUUGGACCACAAACCCGCAAAUCUGAAUGAGUUGAAUAAUUACAUGUCAAAAAUAUAUGAAAUCGCUUAUCGCUAUAAUGAGGAUUUAGAUGUGAAUGUUGUGUACCAAGAUCCUCAUGUCGCUGACUGUACACUGAUAAAACAUUACUCAUCAAACAGCAACUUGGAUUACCCAACCAUCGCUGUUCUUGAUUCUGACCUGGAUGAUGUGCAAUCGCAAUUUUCCAAGAAAACUGCUAUUGCCGCUACGGUGAACGCAUCCUAUCAACAAUAUCAGAUUUCAGCUGUAGGAGGCACGUUUGAUCAUCUACAUAGUGGACACAAAAUGCUUUUGACAGCCUCUGUGUUUGUCACUGCAAGACUACUUAUAAUAGGAGUGACAGGUCCGGAACUGCUGAAAAACAAGAAAUUCGCUGAAUAUUUAGAGAGUUACGAGACAAGAGUCGAAAAAGUUAAAGAAUUUAUUGAGUUGAUCAGUCCCAGAUUGCAGAUAGAAAUACAUCAAAUAAACGAUAUAUGUGGACCGACCGCGAGCGUUAAAGAUAUCGAUGCACUGGUAUUAAGUUCGGAAAGUGCGAAAGGUGGCCAAUACAUCAAUCAAGUUAGGGUGGAAAAAGGCUUCCCAGCUCUAGAGGUGGUGCAAAUAGCAACCUUAGGAGGUGACGAGGCUGAUGGGUUUCAAAAUAAGUUGAGCAGCACCCAGAUCCGAAAGAAGGAGUAUGAAAAACGUCAAGUUUCUCAGCAUUAA